UUUAUAAUUGGCCGGAAGUAAAGAAAGUAAAACAAAAACGAAAUUCCAAGAAAAAGUAGCUCUUUACUUAUAAAUUAACACUUAGCUAUAGAUUAUUACUUGAGAAUAAAAAAAAACAUGGAGAACUUUGAUUUACUGCCUAGACAAUAUAAAAACGAUAUUUUUCGUGUGUCUUUUGACUUUUAUACUCCUCGACCACAGUUUAUCAUAAUGCCGAGAGAUGUUGAAGCAAUCAAUGCGGAGUUCGCCGCUAUGACAGCCGAGCAAACGUGUAUAUUACUAGAAGCCGUUGAAAACACGUUGUCUUGUUUUCGUUUACCUUCGGCAAUCCUGUCGGUUCAUCGAGGAUCGUGGAAGUCCCGCGCGGCAAAAUCGUUUCACUGUCAUCUUUGCGUGGAGGUAGAUCAAUACUUGGCGUUAUUUGAACGUAAAAAGAAAAAGAUACCUGACUGGCCAAGUGUUGCUUAUGUCACACGACAGUGGGUCUGGAACAAAGAUCCCCGUUCCUAUGCCCAAAAUGUACGCGGAUAUCCUUACAAGAGUACUUUCAAAGACGAUAUUUCAGCUAUUUUACAGCUCAUUCGAGUUUCAAUUCCACAACAAGGAAAUCCUUCUCAUUCAUCACACGAUAACGAUAAAGCCUGUUCACCUUCAUCUGAACUUGAUGGAGCUGUCAACUCCCAUCAUGGAAGCAAACUUUGCUCAUUAUUUGGUUGUAACGUCAUCCGAGUGGUGUAUCAUCCAAGCCACCCAAAAAUCGGGUUCGUAGGCAAACAGGAAAACUCGCUUUAUGAUUUGCACGAAAUUCUUUGGACAAUGGAGAAUUAUGCUCGGCUCCAAGGCCUCACCGAUACGGAGACCGAGGACAAAAAUUACGGUUGUCAUUUGUGUCUUUAUUUUGGCCCAGCUUCGGAAGACUGGAGAUUAUCUAGUGAAGAAGAAAGGAUUGUGGGAUACAUCGUGACGUCAGGUCCUCGGUUUUAUCAACUGUUACCCGAUGAAGUUCUUAGGCGAUCAUGGUUUGAUAAAUUUCAACGAUCCAAUUUUAAAUGUCUGACCUGAAGGUGUAAGUCGACAAACGUCGCUUUGUUUACAAGAUUUUUUAUGCUCUUCAGAAACAUACCAAUGAUCGUGUGAAUUACAUCAACAAAUGUGAAAAUUAAGGUCGAAAAAGCUACCCAGAACAUUUCAUGAUAUAUCUUUACUAACACGUGAAACAAAGAUGAAAAAUUUGUCAAUGAGAGCAAAAAAUGAAACUUCAUGAUCAACGUGAAAAACUUUUUAACCCUCCGCCUAUUCUCUAAGUUCAAAAGAAGAAAUAUCUUGAUUGAUAAAAAUUAAAUCUUAAAUCCGGGACAUUUUUAAUGCUUGAAUUUGUAUUAUUAUUAAAUGUUCUCAAGAAAAUUUCUUAUUCUAUCAUGCAAAGUAUAGUUUUUUAUAGUAUUUUGUAUGCCAUAUUACCAUUAAUUAUUGUGAUUUUGUACUCUGAAGAAUUUUUUGUUUUAAAUAAUUAGAGCCGUUUCAAAAACGUCAAUUUUUUCAUGUGCCAAAAGCAUUAUAGUCAAAAGUUUCUGGAUCUCUUAUUAUUGUUUGUUUUUAAUCCAUUUGGCACAUGAAAAAUUGUGGUUUGAAACAGGUCUAAAUGUAAUGGCAAUCUUUGUGAUAAUAAAGAUAGUAUAACAUCUUAAAUAUCUUUGCGCAAACUGAUCCGAUUAUUUUAAAAUUUGGCGAACAUUUUAUGCUAACUUCUGGAAAUUGUUUUAGAUAGCUCAUUCAUUGUUGUAAAAACAUAAUCCGGCAGGUGUUUUUCUUAUAAAUGAAAAGGAAAGUUCUUUUUUGUA